AUGGCGGCCAUCGAGGUGAUCACAUCACAAGAAAGGGAGGUGAAAAUGAAGAAGAUCACCGGCGAACCGUACACGAUACUGAUUCGAGUCUGGAACGAAACUGUCAGCAAUUUGACCCUCAUGGCGCUUGGAUCAUCAGCGCCCGAGAUUUUACUCUCCGUCAUUGAGAUUUUUGGUAACAAUUUCGAAGCAGAUUUCAUUCCCAAUUUGUCA